AUGGGAGGCCAGACGCAGACGCUGGUGAAAGGCGUCCGCUCCCGAUUCGUGACCCGCUCGCCGCCGCGCGCCUCCUCCAGUGCACGCGACCACCACCUCUUCGCUGUCGCCGCGCGCGUCCUAAGGCUAGAGGCCUCCUCCUCUUCCUCCACCACCUACCUAUGGAACAGGCUGCUGGGCCUCUUCUCCCGCAAUGGCCCGCCCGCCCUCGCCCGCAGGCUGUUCGACGCAAUGCCCGAGCGGGACACCGUCUCCUACAACACCCACAUUGGGCGCCUCUCCCGCUCGGGCUCCGCCGCCGAGGGCGCCCGCGCCUACUCGCGCAUGCUACGCGAGGACGGCGGCGUGCGGCCUGACGGUACCACCCUUUCAGUUCUCCUCGCGCUGCCGUGCGCUGGGGCGAGCCAUGGCCUCGUCCGGCAAGUGCACUCCCACGCGGUGCGGCUCGGGCUCUGCUCGAAUGCGUUCGUGGGAACAGCUCUGGUGCGCGCAUAUGAGCAGCGGGGGGACACGGGCGCCACCACCGCCGUGUUUCAGGAGGUUGUCGAGCCAGACGCCGUGUGCUGGAAUGUGAUGACCGAUGCAUGCACGCGGCGCGGGAGCCUGCCGCGUGCUGUGGAGAUGCUGUCGAGGAUGCGCAGGGCUGGAGGCGUUACCGACGGGUUCACGCUGGCGAGCUUCUUGAAGGCGUGUUGUUCGCGUGAGGACAAUAUCAGCCUCGGCUUGCAGCUCCAUACAUGGGCCUGUAAGAUUGGGGUUGACUCAGAGACGGCCAUCUGCAAUGCUCUUAUCACCAUGUACCUGAAAUGUGGCGCAGAGACUAAUUCAGCUGCCCAAGUCUUCCAAAGAACAUCCGAGCCCAACAUAAUCACUUGGACGUCUAUGAUUUCUGGGUACGUUCAGAACGGCCUUGCUGUGGAAGCAGUGAGCUUCUACAAAGAGAUGGUGAAGGCUGGGGAAAGGGAGAAUGACUACUGCUUCACCUCGGUGCUCUCGGCAUUUGGCGCCCUUGCAAGCCUUGAGCAUGGAAAGAUGGCGCAUUCUCGUGUCAUGAAGUCGGUGUUUUGCUCGGACACAAUUGUCGGGAACGCCCUCCUUGACAUGUACUUCAAGUGUGGCAGCUCGUCGGAUGCUGGGCUUGUUUUUCACACGAUGCAGGUGCAUGAUGUGGUGUCGUGGACAACUAUGAUCGUCGGCUUUGGGCGUCAUGGCGAGGCCAGGAAAGCUGUUUUGUGCUUCAGAGAAAUGGUUCAUGACGGGUUUAGGCCCGAUGGUGUCACAUUCCUGGCAGUCCUUUCUGCAUGUAGCCAAGGGGAUCUUGUGGACGAAGGGCUUGCGGUUUUCCGCUCCAUGGUUGAGGAUCACCAUGUUAAGCCACAGAGGAAGCAUUGUGCAUGCUUGGUUGAUCUUCUAGGACACGCUGGGAGGCUAAAAGAAGCAGAGACAUUGAUUACAGCAAUGGGAUUGGAAAUGGAUUCAUUGGCAUGGGAGUCACUCCUAGGUGCUUGCGGCUUGCAUGGAGAAGUCGAGCUGGGGAAGAGGUCAGCAGGGAAGGUCAUGGAGCUAGAGCCAUGGAAUUAUGGCCCUUAUGUUUUGCUGUCCAAUAUGUAUGCUGAACAAUGUCAAUGGCGUGAAAAGGAGGUGUUGAGAGAGCGGCUUGAUGGCAGUAAUGUCAGGAAGGGUGCCGGUCACAGCUGGUUCUCAGUUUCAGAAGCUAGCUGA